UUCAGGAUCUUUCUAAUGUGGUCCGGUCUCCAGACCGUCAGUGCCCAGAUACCGGAGUCCAGGAGGCCGCAGUACAUGGAGCUGCGCCCCGCAGCGGCCGGAGGGGGCGCCCCUGUGCAACAGCUCCAGGCGCCGAAGUCUUCCGACGGCCUGGGCACCGCCCGCGCCUGGAGCUGGGCCUGGCCCGCUAACCACACCGGGGCCCUGGCCCGGGUCGGGGCGGUGGGGGCGCUGCCCGUGCAGCGCACCAAGAGGAAGCCGUCUAUCAAAGCGGCCCGCGCCAAGAAGAUCUUCGGCUGGGGGGACUUCUACUUCCGAGUGCACACCCUCAAGUUCUCGCUGCUGGUGACGGGCAAGAUCGUCGACCACGUGAACGGGACCUUCAGCGUGUACUUCCGCCACAAUUCCUCCAGCCUGGGCAACCUCAGCGUCAGCAUCGUGCCGCCGUCCAAGCGCGUGGAGUUCGGGGGCGUCUGGCUGCCCGGCCCCGCCCCCCACCCUCUGCAGUCGACGCUGGCCUUGGAGGGGGUCCUCCCCGGGCUGGGGCCCCCUUUGGGGUUAGCUGCUGCUGGGGCGGGGCUCGGAGGCAGCCUCGGGGGCGCUCUGGCGGGCCCACUCGGGGGAGCGCUGGGCGUGCCCGGGGCCAAGGAGUCGCGCGCUUUCAAUUGCCACGUGGAGUACGAGAAGACGAACCGCGCGCGCAAGCACCGCCCGUGCCUGUACGACCCGUCGCAGGUGUGCUUCACGGAGCACACGCAGAGUCAGGCCGCCUGGCUCUGCGCCAAGCCCUUCAAAGUCAUCUGCAUCUUCGUCUCCUUCCUCAGCUUUGACUAUAAACUGGUGCAGAAGGUGUGCCCAGACUACAACUUCCAGAGCGAGCACCCCUACUUUGGAUAGUGCGCCCCGACCCCCGCCCCAGCCCUGAGCUUCCCGCCAGGUCCCAGCCUCCCUAAGUGAGACUCCUCCCCGUGACCCGCAACUCCUGUGGCCCCGUGCACCCUUCCAUUCUGGGGGGCGAGAGGAACAGCCCUCCUGGGGACGCUCAGCUGGCGUGGGUCCCCUUUUCCUGAUGGGGAGUGCCUUUGAGGCCCCCUCAGCUGCACCCCAAAGUGAAGGAACAAGAGCGCAGCCCCAGGAAAGGCGGCCCCAGCGCCCCCUAUGCCCACACUGGGUCCCCUUCACGCCCCGGCGCUGGGCUCACACUCCCUCUGCCCUCAGCUGUAAUAGCGCCCGGCCUGGUCCCCUCAUCCCACCCUGACCUUCUUACCCCCAGGCUCUUGUUGUUCUGCUCCACCCCGUCCCCGUGUAAAAGACUGUGAAGAUGUACGUGUGUAAGCCGCGCCCCGCCCCCUCCUGCCUGCCCCACGCCGGUUCCUCUUUCCCCAACGCCCCCAAUUAGGGGAGUGGAAGCAGACGCCUGGGCCUCGGCGAUGACUCCGGCCCCUGCCCUCUGCCUGCCCCUCCCGUCCCUGCAGUCCUGCUCCACCCGCCCCCUCCCGGCUGCUUCCUCUCAGUGAUAUUUUUUCUACUCCAAAACAAAAUAAAGGGAACACAAUAAAGUGAAGUCCAA